AUGCGUAAACGAAAAUCAACUCAAUUAAUUCGUGGCAAUCGAUCUUCAAAAUUCAGUCGUCCAUCCAAUUAUCCUCCGAAUUCAUCAUGGUCGCGAAAACAUUGUUACAAUAACUCAUUACUAAAACGGCGUGAUAUAAACAAACCGUCCAUUCCAGCUGAAAAUCUGAAAAGGACCAUACAUACUGACAACAAAUCCCAAUAUCUAGAUGAAGACGAUGAUGAGGAAGAAGACCAGUUGACUACUAUAGUUUCUCGCCAACGUCAAGCAUUUUCUGCGCGUGCUGCUGCCGGUCGUCUAAGUAUACGUAAAAUACAGUCAGAUCUUCAAGUCAAAUCUGGUGAUGCCGUCUUAAGCACAGUCUCUAGUGUUCCAGGAGCUAGGAGACUUUCAGCUAAAGUGUUACGUGCUUGGAAAUCUUUGGCUAAAAAGAUAAUUUGUAAGGCGGCAAGGCAACGUGGUACUAAUCGUCGAGAUAAGAUAAUCCUAGCAAAACGCGCUGCUCGUGAGUGCGCACGUUUGUUACGUCAAAAGGCAUUGCUUUCCCAAAAAGCUGCUAGAGAUUCAAUAAGUCGUGGACAUCGUCUGUCACGCGAAAUUGCGUCUAACUGGUGUAGCUCAACUUCGAGUACAGCUAAUGGUUCGGGUCCACUUACAAUCAAUGGUGUAACUAUACCAUCCAAUUCUAAUAUUACUCAUUUCUCUUCACUUAUGGAUUUACCUGAUUAUUGCACUUCUGCCCGCCCAGAAAGUGGAGGUUUAGAGUUGAACAUGUCUACUUCAGUGAUGGAAUCAAGUACAGCUAUACGUCGACGAGCAGAGAAGGUUUCAGCUGAACAACGUAAAGCCAACUUAAAACUUUUGGAGGCAAGAAGACAACAACGAAAACUGAAUUUCUUGAUUACACAAACAGAAUUAUAUGCCCAUUUCUUGGCGAAAAAGAUGGCGGAUGUCAACUCAUGUAAUUGUAAAUCUGAAGAUAUACGUGGUCCUGAAAAUACUGAAUCAGUAUCUGGUAAUGUGAUUCAAGAAGAUGACAGUCAAGAAAUCGAAGCUCAAAGAAUUUUACGUCGACUUGAAGAAACGAAUGAUGAUUCUGUAGAAACAAAAACUAACGAUGAAGGGAUUGAUACUGGUUCUGACAUAUCUGUUCCAUGUGAUCCCAUUCAGAAUGAUCAAGAUUCUGUUAGUAUAUCGACUGGAUCUACACACCGAAAAUCAUACAGCUCAAUAGCUGUAGCUGCAAAAGCUGCAGCUUGUCGGUUGGGUAUUAAUGUUGAAGAAGAAUAUGAUGUUGAACAAGCGAAAUCCGAAGCUUUAAUGAAGGUCAAAGCAGCUGUUACAACUGAACGUAAUCGUGUAUCACAGUUUCAUAGUGGAACUGCAACAAGUCCCAAUUUAAACGCCCCCGUUCAUAAUAAUACAGAUUCUAGCACAACUACACAAAUUGAAACACCAAAGUUAUUUAAAGCUUCAACACUGCAUAAUUGGACACAGGAAUUCGCUAAAUUCCUUCCAGCUUUUCGUCUAGUCCCAUAUUGGGGUACACCAACAGAGCGUAAAGUUCUACGCCGAUCUUGGUCAUCUACACGUUCCUCUAAUGCCGAAUCUUUUGAUGAAUCUGGUGAUAUUAAUCCUGGACAAGCUGGAAUUAAGGAUUCUCAACUUCAAUUCGUUAUCAAGUUGUUUUGCAAGAUGCGAAAUUCAUUAAUAAAACCGCAUGGUCCUACAUUAUUUUAG